GCGGUGCCACGGGACCGCGGAGCCACGGGGAGGGGGAUGCCUUAGAGGUCCAGGUGCGCGGCUGGGCCGAGGCAAGGCGGCCCCAAGCGCUGGGGUCGCGCCGCCUUGGUCGGGGGCUUCGGUGACCACAGCUAGCUCCUCGCCCCGGGGACACCCCAACCUCGGAAGAGAGAACACACUGCCUAGAAACCCACAGGACUGGGCAGCCCCCGUAACCCUACUUUGUCUGGCCGACUUUGUCAACGUCGUCCUGCCGGCCAAGAGGAAGUGCAAGAUUGUUGACUCCUUUACAUCUUUGAAAUAGAAACCGACCCAUUGCAAUUGAAAUAAUCUUUUAUUUAGAAACCUGUUUGGAGGUUAUGGAUGAUAAACCCAGUCCUGAAGCCCUAAGUGAGAGUUCAGAGCGUCUUUUCUCCUUUGGCGUUAUUGCAGAUGUUCAAUAUGCUGACUUAGAAGAUGGCUUUAAUUUCCAAGGAACCAGGCGGCGAUACUACAGACAUAGUCUUCUUCACUUACAGGGCGCCAUUGAAGACUGGAAUAAUGAAAGCAGCACGCCCUGUUGUGUCCUUCAGCUUGGAGAUAUCAUCGAUGGAUAUAAUGCACAGUAUAAUGCAUCCGAAAAGUCCCUGGAACUUGUUAUGGACACAUUCAAGAGGCUUAAAGUUCCAGUUCAUCAUACAUGGGGAAACCAUGAAUUCUAUAACUUCAGUAGAGAGUAUUUAACACACUCUAAACUUAACACUAAGUUUCUAGAAGAUCAGAUUGUACAUCAUCCUGAGACCAUGCCUUCAGAGGAUUAUUAUGCUUAUCAUUUUGUACCAUUCCCUAAAUUCCGGUUCGUUUUACUUGAUGCGUAUGACUUGAGUGUCUUGGGCAUGGAUCAGUCUUCUCCAAAAUACGAGCAGUGUAUGAAGAUAUUGAGGGAGCACAAUCCAAAUACGGAACUGAAUAGUCCUCAAGGACUUUCUGAGCCCCAGUUUGUCCAGUUUAAUGGAGGAUUCAGCCAAGAACAGCUAAACUGGUUGAAUGAAGUGCUUACAUUCUCUGACACAAACCAAGAAAAGGUGGUGAUUGUGAGCCAUCUUCCCAUUUACCCAGACGCCUCUGACAGUGUGUGCCUGGCCUGGAACUACAGAGAUGCCCUGGCAGUCAUUUGGUCUCAUGAGUGCGUGGUGUGUUUCUUUGCUGGUCACACCCAUGAUGGUGGCUACUCUGAGGAUCCUUUUGGUGUAUAUCACGUCAGCCUAGAAGGAGUUAUUGAAACAGCUCCAGACAGCCAAGCUUUUGGCACAGUUCAUGUCUAUCCUGACAAAAUGAUGUUGAAAGGGAGAGGCAGAGUUCCAGACAGAAUUAUGAAUUACAAGAAAGAAAGAGCCGUCCAUUGUUAGUCUAAUUUAUUUUGUUUAACUUGAUAGAAAGUGAGCUUUGUGUUUGUCCCUCCUAAACAAAAAAAUAAAAAUCCUGUGUCUCAUUGUUUAGUAUUCAGCUUGCAUAACAAAAUAUAUUUAUAGUUUCAGUGUGUGUUGGUUGAUAAAAUACUCAGAAAUGUUAUUUUGGAUCAUGUAUCCAUUGUAAGUCCGGAACAAAAUAAACCAGUGAGGAGACAGAGGCAGGGGUGUAUAGUCCUUAUAAGGGGCAUAUAGUCCUCAUUAGGGAUUUUAUUUGGCCUUACCUGAUUUUUUUUUUUUUUAACUUUUUACAAGGAGAAUAUAUUCACAUGUAUUAACUAUGUAACUUCAAGUUCACCAUAUAAGCUCAGGUAAACUUUUUCUGUUUACCCUGCUGUGUAAACGAGCUUUGGACAAUUUUUGUUCAGAACACCUAUACUUGGAUUUUUAUAGGCUUGUAUUCCCAUUUUGUAAACAAAAUUACCAACAGUUAUUUCACGGGUAAGCAUGUGGCGCUCCCAUCCCUGUAAGAAGGGCCUCCAGAAAAGUCAUGUAGUCCUCUUGGGAUUCACAGGACCAAGUGGCAGUGCAGCCAUGUGCCAGCCAGCUUGGUCUGUUUGGGCCACCAGCCACUGCUGUGUGAAGCUACAGCAGGUAAAUGAAUUUACACUGACUCCCUUUAUACACUAAUGGGACAUGUUUAACACCGUUUUCAUACGUGCUAAGGCUUAUGUGCAGAAACACUAGAUGGCAAAUAGGGACUAUUCAGAUGUAGAGAAAGUUUGAUUCAGGGCCUAAACAACUAUAAGAUAUAAGCAUGCCUGUUGAAUACAUGGGCACUAUAAGGAUGUAAAGGAGUAUUAGCUUUCUGUGGCUGCUGUAACAAAUUCCCACAGACCUGGUAGCUUAAAUCAACACAUACUUGUUCUCUUGCAGUUCUGGAGGUCAGAAGUCUGAAGUCAUUUCCACUUGGCUGAAACCAAGGUGUUGGCAGGGCCGUGCUCCCUGAGGAGGGUCUAGGAGGAAUCCUCUUCCAGCCUCCAGAGCUGUACUUCUUGCAUUCUGUGGCUCAUGGCCCCUUCUUCUAUCUUCAAAGCCAGCAGCGUAGCAUCUUCAGAUCUUUCUUUACUGUCGUAUCAUAUUCUCUGCUGUCCGUAGUCAGAUCUACUUCAGCCUUUGUCUUGCAAGGACACUUAUAGUAACAUUUAGGGCCCAUCCAGGUAAACCCCAUCUCAGGAUGGCUUAAUCACAGCUGCAAAAUUUAUUUUGUGCUAUAAGGUAACAUAGGUUCCAGGGAUUAGGACAUGGGUAUCUUUGAGGGCCACUGUUCAGCUGACCAGAGGUGACUAUAAUGUACUCUUGCACUCAUAGACCUUACCAUGAAUUGGACAUCCAUCAUUCAAAUGUGUGAAAUUUGCUGUUACACAAAGACAGGACUGAGGGAACAUGGAAGAUGAAUUUAGUUUUGUUCAAAGGGAUUGGGGAUAACAUACAAAAUGAAGAAAAAUGGCUUGAAUAAGUGGGGAAGAGUAUAUCAAGUAGAAUAGCAAAAGCAGAGGCAUCGAAGGAUAUGCUGAAGUUAGACAUGGCCAGUCAUGCUGUGACGAUUCACCAAAAAGGUGCCGGGCUGGGGGCAGGGGGAUAUGGCAAGAAAUACGGCUGAAAAGGGCAGGCUGGGGCUAUAUUAUGGAGAGCCUUGAAUAUGAGCCAAGAGUUAGAAUUUAACUUGCCAGAUAGUGUGGAGCCCUUAGAGCUUUCUGAGCUAGGGAAUACAUGAUUAGAUUUGUGUGAAAGAGAGAA